UAUAAUUUUUAUCCUUUAAAUUUCUUUUUUCUAAUCCGUAGUUCUCACACUAGUCUUUUUGGCACAGUUUUUCUCUUUAUCGAGAACAAAUGGAAAGUGUACAAAGCAAUGAAAGGUUCACAUUUAAAAAAAUAUUUUAAUCUUUACAUGCCCUGCUACCCCUUAACCCACCCUCCUCUCAAACCCCAAUCCAAAUCAAGCAGAACUAAUAAGCACGCAAUAGUCAGUCAGCAUGCCACAUUACAGUUGACAAAUAAACUCUUGAAUCCUUGUCUUUCAUACUGAUUAUUUAACUUUUACACUAUGCAAAGUGUAACUUUUAUACUAAAUGCAGAGGCAGAGUGAGGCCAACAAAAAAUAAAAGUACUCAUCCAUACUUUGAUCGACAUAUAGAAAUGACACUUGUGCAAAAAUGUAGAGAGAAAUAAAAUAUUAAAGCAGCCAGUUCAUUGUGCUUAAAGGCUUAUUAUGCUCCACAACCAACAAAAAACAUGCCACAAGAGCAACGCAUACAACUGUUUGUACCUUUAACUCAAGACUAACAAAAUGUGUAACAUAUUUACCACGGUGUGACCUGUUCGCACUACAGACAGUCACAAUGAAUUACCUCAGAAAUGUUAUCAUUCAACACAAAGUGACGCAGACACGCACAGUGACAUACUUCCACCGGCUCCGUGAUCUCAGACAUGAGCAAUGACACGUUUGGACAGCCCAUCACGAGGAGAUGGUGUCGGACAUAAACCAUCGGAGCCCUGCUGGACAGCCGCUGAUUGCUGCCCCAGAGUAAACAUUUGUUAGGGCCUCUCUGUACAAGCACAGAUAGGCUCCGGCUGAAUUGACAGGGUCCCCUAAAUUGCGUCUAUGACGCCUGAUCCAUCGCGUCCAAACCAUUAAGAGGGAGACUGGGUGUGAUGAUAAUGUAUUGAUCAGAUUGUGAUGGAUGGCCAGUGAGGGUAUAUAAGUGAAGUCCUCAGCCGGGGCUGAGGUGUAGUCCAGGUCUGGCCAUCUAAAGAUAGAGGCGCCAUGCUUUCUGUAGCUCUGUUUUACCUCGUAGCAGUAAUUUGUUCUGCGAGACGGACAGAUGCUCUACCUCUGUACCCUGAUACCAGCCUGGAGCCACGGGCCGAUUUUAUUCAGAAAUUAGUGUCAGAGGUCGAGGAUGGGCCCAACACUGCUGAGGGGGAGCAGAGAGAGGUGAAUAAUCUGUAUCCUCUACUGAUGCAGCACAACGGAGGCAGAGACUCCUGGACUAAAGGGACUAAAGACUCAGCGCAACCAGAAAAGUUUGCGAACAUGGUCGAAGACCUCAAAGAAGUUGUUUUGAAGUUGGCGGCGGCCGACAGACUUCGCUCUCAGGGUUUUCUCAGAUCAGAGCAGAACUUGCCAAAAACGAACAAAAGAGCGUGUUUCUGGAAAUACUGUGUGACCAACUAGAGCGCAGCAGCGGCAGGACGUUUGGUGUGUGACUUUGGCAAGGCCUGGACGGAAACGCCUUCACCCUCCAUCACCACUUUUGUUUCCCACCAAACAGUGAAUUCAUCGUCUGCACUGGAGCAACAGAAAAUAUAUUUUUGAAGUUGUCAAAUGGUCUUUUUUGUGGCUGAAAAAUAAACUUGAAUAUCAGAAGUGUCAUUUAUGUGACCUGUUUUGGGUUUUGACAUUUAAAGGUAAAGGUGUUUGUAAUAUUUAUUGUUUGAGCCCUGAAGAAGGACGAUGAAAUUCAG